AAGGCGCUCACACACACACACACACACACACACCACACCACAACACAACACAAGAAAGAACAGAGGGUCAAACAUCGACCUGCUUGUAAAUAAAUUAUGGGCAAAAAGCAUAAAAAGCACAAAUCAGAGAAGAACCUAUACGACGAUUACGCAGACAGGCCGCUGAAGCUCGUUUUGAAGGUGGCAGGUAAUGAGGUCACCACCGGAAGUGCGAUCCUCGAACCCGUUCACGACGACCUGGUAGAUUCGGACAAACACAAAGACAAGAAGAAGAAGAAGAAAAAGAAGGACGAGAAGGACAAAGAGAGCCCUCCAGGGUCACCCGGUGAAGACAGGAAAAGAAAGAUGACGAAGAAGAGGAAAGGACACGAUUCGGUGGAUCUGGACUGGGACGAGCAGAGCAGGACUCCGGCCCGGUCAGACGUAUCCCAGGAUAAACCCCUCACUCCUUCACUGGCUAAACUAGAGGAAAAAGAGCAGACUCCACUACAGGAAGCACUGAGUCAGCUGAUCAGGCAGUUACAGAGAAAAGACCCAAACGCUUUCUUCUCGUUCCCUGUGACGGACCUGAUCGCUCCAGGCUACUCUCUGAUCAUUAAGAGGCCCAUGGAUUUUAGCACCAUGAAGGAGAAGGUGAAAAGAGAAUGCUACCAGUUCCUUGAUGAGCUGAAGAUGGAUUUCAAGAUGAUGUGCGAGAACGCGAUGAUUUACAACAAGCCGGAUACGAUUUAUUACAAGGCUGCAAAGAAACUCCUUCACUCUGGAAUGAAGAUCUUGAACCCUGAAAGGCUUGAGAGCCUAAAGCAGAGCAUUGAGUUUAUGACAGACCUGAAACCAGGCAGAGGGUCAGAGGAUGGAGAGGAGCAGGGAUCCUCCAGUGACCCCAAAGACAGGUCGUCUCCCACGGAUACCAGCGACAACUCGCAGUCUCCCAGAGUGGCACACAGAGACACACCCAGUAAGGAAUCCAAGGAGGAAUCACAGAGGAACGCGACCCAGGCAGAGAAAGAUCUUGAAGAGAUUAAAAAGCUUAUAGAAGAGUCUGGAGGUAAACUGUCCACCAGAAGCCUUCAGUGUGAGCUGGAUUUUAGCCGGAGGAAGUCUGAUGGUACGACCACGCUGGGCAUCGUGAACCCUGCUGAUCUAAGUGCUGGAGACCCAGGGUACUGUCCUGUGAAGCUGGGUAUGAUGGGAGGCCGGCUACAGUCUGGAGUAAACAGUUUGCAGGGUUUUAAAGAGGACAAGAGAAACAGAAUCACUCCAGUGAUGUAUACGAAUUACGGACCUUUCAGCUCGUACGCUCCGACUUACGACUCCAGCUUUGCAAACAUCAAUAAAGAGGACUCUGAUCUGAUCUACUCCUUUUACGGCGACGAGACCAACCUGCAGGGUUCUGAGAGUACUACAGAUUUCCUGGCCAAGUCAGAAGAGCAUAUGAGCAGACUGGCAGAUAAUAUUUUGGACUCCCUGACCAACGGAGAGCACUCCAGACAUCUGAAAGAGACCGAGGCUAGCAGCCAAGAGGAGGAAGAGUCUGCAGAGAAGUCGCACGCUGCCGAUGGUGUCGAGGUGGUCGGGUCAGAGUUGAAGACUGCAAACAGCAUGGACGUUCUGAACUCAGUCAUCAGUUUGGGUUUGGGUCUCGACAUCCUACCAGAAAGCUUUGACUCACACGAAGCGAAACAGUUUCAGCAGAAGCUGGACGAGACGACCGUUUUGCUGAGGGAUCUGCACGAAGCUCAGAGAGAGAGACUUAGUGCCAAACAGCCUCCGAAUAUGAUCUGCCUUCUCGCACCUACUGCCAAGGAGUUACAACUAGCGGAGAAAGUGACUGAAAACUUGGCACAGCUGACCAGUCAGGUGACUCCUAGAGACGUGAGCAGUUUAUAUGGCAUUAGGAAAGCUAUGGGCAUGUCACUGCCUAUUGAACCUGCAGAGGGAACGUAUACACACCUGACCACAGUUUGUUUUUUUACAGUGGGAGCAGAGCAGCUGGACAGAGUGUGUACGAGCUCCGAGGACGUCUCCAUCGUCACAGUGUAACCGGAAAGGUGUAAGGUUCAGUCCUGUAUUCAUGGUGCUGAGUUUGUUUGUUUGUUUAUUUACAUUUUGCUCAAUAAAUGUGUGUUUUUGUUUUUUUUGUUUU